GGUCUAGAGUGCACGGCCUUCCUGGGUGUUCAAGGGUAGUGUGCUUUGGGGCUUGACCUUUGCUUCUUAGUGGAUUACAUCUUCCUAACUAGGGGAGUGUUUGCUGACACCUGCCGUGGGAACAAGGGAUUCUGAAAUUCAUGAAUCCUGAAGAGGAGACACAGCUGGGGACAGCACAUCUUCCUUCCAUGAGGGCUAUAAGGAAGCAAUACAAGAAGAUCGGGGCAUCUCUUGUGGACGCUGAGACUUGAGACCAAGUUCUCCCAUGGCUUCUUUUCACAUUUGCCCCUUCCAGGAGAGAGAUUAUGACCAGGUCGUGGACUUGUUCUCCAGGGGCCUGAAGGAGCACAUCCCCAAUGCCUUCCGCCACCUGCUGACGCUGCCCCGGACCAUCCUGCUCUUAAUUGGAGUGCCUCUUGCCACAGUCCUGGUGUCUGGAUCCUGGAUGCUGGCUGUUUUAUGCAACUUCUUCCUGUUUGGAUUUUUGCAGCUCCUUGCUAGUUAUCCCUGGAAAAAGUAUGUGUCUGAAUGUUUGCACACAGACAUGGCUGACAUCACCAAGUCCUACUUGAGUGUGUGUGGUUCAGGUUUCUGGGUGGCUGAGUCUGGGGGCCAGGUGGUGGGCAUAGUCGGGGGUCUGCCAGUCAAGGAUCCCCCACUGGGGAGGAAGCAGCUACAGCUCUUUCGCCUGUCUGUGUCCUCACAGCAUCGAGGACAGGGCAUAGCGAAAGCACUGGUCAGAACUGUCCUCCAGUUUGCACGGGACCAGGGCUACAGCGACGUUGUCCUUGAGACUGGCCUUGUGCAGCGAGAUGCUGUGAGCCUCUACUACAGCAUGGGUUUCCAGAAGACAGGCGAAUCCUUCAUGAACACGCUCACAUGGCUUGUGGAUAUCUCUGUGAUUCAUUUUAUCUACCCACUCCCCUCUGCUCAGGAACGUGAGCUGUGACCUUCCUCCUCUGUGUAUCUGUCAGCCUCCAGCUCACUGUGCUGUGGAAGCAGCAACUCUGAUAUUGUAGUGAACAAACUAUAAAAGUGCCUUUGUCAUUUUCA